AUGACGGAUGCUCAGGGUUUACAACAGGAACUUCAGGAGUAUUUACAUGAGAAGGGCAUUACCAUGUUGUUUACCAACUUGGUAGAGUCACUUUUACUGGCCAAGCCUGAGAAUCCUGUCUUGCAUAUUGUUCAGUAUCUACAGACCAAGUACCCGGAGGAGGUCGCAUUGCAUCAGAAGUUGGGAAAUGACAAGAAGGACAAUAAUCCAGCAGCCUUACUUUAUUCACACUAUCAAUCGGAUGAAAGCGAUAGCGAAGGCGAAGGUGAUGGUGGAGACACCAUGGGCGAGAUUGUGGCCAGAGCGCCUCCACCAAAGAUUAUGACCAAGGGGCGGCGCAAGUCAGUGUCCGCUGAGACUAUUGACCCAUUGAGUGUUUGUCAGUUUAAACGCGUGAUGCAUCCCAAGUCUACAGAAGAAAGAGACGGCAUUAGCCGCAUGGUUGCUGAGAAUAUUUUGUUUAAAUCUUUGGAUGAGAAACAGCAUGACAUUAUACUCGAUGCCAUGUUCCCGAAGGAUUUUGGUCCUGGUGAUAUCAUUAUCAAACAGGGAGAUGAUGGAGAUAACUUUUACAUCUUGGAAAGUGGCGUUUGUGAGGUGUACAAGGACGGCGAGCUUGUUCAAACGUGCACAGAAGCCAUGUCAUUUGGCGAAUUGGCACUCAUGUACAAUGCUCCACGUGCUGCGACUGUGAAGGCCGUGGAAUACUCGAAGGCGUGGGCAUUGGAUCGGCAGACAUUCAAAUUCAUCAUUAUGGAGACGACAUUAAAGAAACGCGAAGCACACAAGGGAUUUAUCGAGCGAGUGCCGCUGCUGGAGUCACUGAGCGAGUACGAACGUCUUACAGUUGCAGAUGCUCUCAAGACAAAAACGUUUAGUGACGGUGAAGUCAUUAUUGCUCAAGGUGACGACGGUGAUCUGUUUUACAUUGUUGAGGAAGGAGUGGCAGUAUGUACGAAACAGCUUUCACCAGCAGAUCCGCCCGUGAGAAUGGGCCUGCUCACUUCAGGCGCGUACUUUGGUGAAAUUGCACUGCUAACGACUAGACCUCGCCAGGCAACAGUAACUGCGCAGGGUAAAGUCAAGUGUCUUACAUUGGAUCGUAAGACAUUCAAGCGAGUAAUGGGCCCGCUAGAAGAUAUUCUGAAGCGCAACAUUGACAAGUACAAUUUGAUGAUUGCGAACAACAUUUAA